GCGGCUGGCAGGGGGGGCAGGCCUGCAAGCCCGCUGCCGAGCUCGCGCUAGCCGACGUCAACGCGCGCUCCGACCUGCUUUCCGGGUUCAAACUGCUACUGCACAGCAACGACAGCAAGUGUGAACCGGGUCUUGGAGCGAGUGUGAUGUACAACCUACUGUACAACCCACCACAGAAGUUGCUACUGUUAGCUGGUUGUUCCACCGUCUGCACUACUGUCGCCGAGGCAGCCAAGAUGUGGAACCUUAUGGUGUUGUGCUACGGCGCUUCGUCUCCGGCACUGUCUGACCGGGCGCGGUUCCCAACACUGUUCCGGACACACCCCUCAGCCACGGUGCACAACCCUACGAGGAUCAAACUUAUGCAGAAGUUCGGAUGGUCACGUAUCGCCAUCCUACAGCAGGCUGAAGAGGUUUUUAUAUCGACGGUGGAAGACUUGGAAGCGCACUGCAAGCGUGUGGGCAUCGAAAUCGUGACGCGGCAGUCGUUCCUGUCGGACCCUUCGGAUGCCGUGCGCAACCUGCGGCGGCAAGACGCGCGCGUCAUCGUUGGCCUCUUCUACGUGGUAGCCGCGCGACGCGUGCUCUGUGAGGUCUACAAGCAUCGCCUCUACGGCAAGUCCUACGUCUGGUUCUUCAUCGGGUGGUACGAGGACAACUGGUUCGAGACAAACCUGGAGAGAGAGGGCAUCGAGUGCACAGUGGAGCAGAUGCGGGAGGCGGCGGAGGGCCACCUGACCACGGAGGCCCUCAUGUGGAACCAGAACUCCAACCAGACCACCAUUUCUGGGAUGACAUCAGAGGACUUCAGGUCGAGACUGAACGAGGCACUCCGAGAGGCGGGCUAUGACAUCGACGGCGAGAGGUACCCAGAGGGAUAUCAGGAGGCCCCGCUGGCGUACGACGCCGUAUGGUCCGUUGCUCUAGCUUUCAACAAAACAAUGGAGAAACUAGAGAAGAGUGGUUUGAGCUUGAAAAACUUCACUUACACCAACAAGAAGAUCGCAGACGAUAUCUACGAAGCCAUAAAUUCGACGUCAUUUCUUGGGGUAUCUGGUCUUGUGGCGUUCUCGUCGCAAGGUGAUCGGAUCGCGCUGACUCAGAUCGAACAGUUGACGGACAACCAUUAUGUGAAGCUGGGGUACUACGAUACGCAGGCUGACAACCUCACUUGGUUGGAACGCGAGAGGUGGGUCGGUGGCAAAGUGCCCCCAGACCGCACCGUGGUGGUGAACGAGCUGCGGACGGUAUCCCUGCCGCUGUUUGCCUGCAUGACCGCGCUCUGCAUAGCCGGCAUACUCGCCGCCAUCGCGCUCAUCAUCUUCAACAUGCUGCACAGGCACAGACGGGUGAUCCAAUGGUCACACCCUGCGUGUAACACGGUAAUGCUGUGCGGUUGCUGCGUGUGCCUGGGCGCGGCUGUGGCCCUGGGCGUGGAUGGGCGCUGGGUGCAGCCGCAGCACUUCCCCGGCUUGUGCGCAGCGAGGGCCUGGCUGCUGGCCACCGGAUUUUCUAUGGCAUACGGCGCUAUGUUCACCAAGGUCUGGCGGGUUCACCGCCACACCACCAAGCCCAAAGUUGAAUCUAAGAAGCGCAUGCAUGGAUGGAAGCUGUACACGAUGGUGGGCGGUCUGCUAGCAGUGGACGCGGCAUUACUGACAGCAUGGCAGCUGAGGGACCCGCUGCAGAGGCGGGUGGAGGUGUUCCCGCUGGAAGCGCCGCGUCAUCACGACGACGACGUCCACAUACGACCCGAGCUAGAACACUGCGAGAGCGAGCACAACACUGUCUGGCUCGGUGUGAUGUACGGCUACAAAGGACUAGUCCUUGUAUUCGGACUAUUCCUGGCGUACGAGACGCGGUCGGUGAAGGUGCGGCAGAUUAACGACUCGCGUUACGUGGGGAUGAGCAUCUACAACGUUGUGGUGCUGUGCCUCAUCACAGCUCCGGUGACGCUCGUCAUAGCCAGCCAGCAGGACGCCGCCUUCGCCUUCGUAUCCCUCGCCAUCGUCUUCUGCUGCUUCCUCAGCAUGGCGCUUAUAUUCAUUCCUAAGGUGAUUGAAGUGAUCAGACAUCCGACGGAGCGCGCGGAGAGUGGGCGAGGGUCCGGCUCGGGUUCGGCUCCGGCAGAUGAGGAGCGCUACCGGGAACUGGUGAAAGAAAACGAGGAGCUCCAAAAACUAAUCGCACAGAAAGAGGAGCGGAUCCGGGUGCUGAAACAGAAGCUGGCGGAGCGCGAGGCGGCGGCAGCGGACGUGACGCAAGAUGUACAGGAUGAGCACAUCUGAUCGCCCGCAAGGCAAUCUGCGAUAGUGUCGAACUAGAAUAACAUAGUUACAUAAUUAAUGUUGACUAUAGAACUCUCAUGAAUCACGCUGUAGCAAAUUCUUUAUGGUUAUUUAUUGAUAAGAGAUAAAAGUGUUCUUAUAUACAUAGUUAGAUGACUGGAUUGAAAAUAAAUUCAAAUGUGCGAAACAUUAGACGUAUUUGUUCCAUAUGCUACUUUGAUGUUAUGACCCGACUACAUGUUAUCAAGUAUCCGAAGGAUGAUUGUCACAGGCCAUUUCGGUAUGUAUUAUACUUGUGGAUAUUGGGAUCGUGACGAUAUUUUGAACAAUGUUUUGUAAACUGAAUAAAGUAAGCGUAUUAAGCGUAUUAUUUAGUAAGCGUGACACAAAACCGUCGUAGACCCAUUGCUACGCCGUAGCGGCGUAGAUAAAACAGCUUUGGCUUUUUGUGCUACGACGUCGCAAAGCUCUAAAACUCAACGCAAAUGUGCACAAAGAAAUAUUUUUCUUGAAGUACAUUCUAAGUGCUUGACAAACUAGGAACAGCAGUGUUAAACUGUAUAAAGGAUAAAGCUUUGUAUGACUCAGUUACAAAAGGGUAGAUAAGUAGGCGACAGUUAAUCACAAAAGAUGCCACCCUCAAGUGAGCUUAGGAUAACUUAAUCCCAUUCAAUUGUUAGUUUAGGACUUGCCGCUCUGCCUAUGAGAGAAGUUUUAAGAAAACUAUGUAAUAUUAUUUUGUUUCACAAUCAUGUUCUUAUCGUCAGGAUCACAUCUCCGACAUUUUGCACUGUCUGAUUUAAAUAAAUACAUGUAUUUUAAAGUGUACUCAUUAUUAUAGUUGGUCGCAAUAGAUUUUCAUGUCAUGGUCUUCAAACCAAAUAUAUUAAUUUCAUGAUUAAGCAGCGAAAUUAAAAUAUGUAUAAUGAAAUAUAAUCAUCAUCUCAAAAUCAUAAAUGUAAUAUAAAUUAACGAUAAAAUAAAUUAAAUUUUCUGUUAUGACUUGUUGUUAUAAUCUUUCUUAUGGAUUUUAUAAUUAUUGUGUUAACAAAUAAUUUCUUAAGUUAGGUACAUAUCACAAAAGAUCUCUGACUUAAAGUUAAUUGUUAUAAAAUACACAUUUAAAAAUAUAAACGGCUCAAUCCCAGUGAUUUUGGAUGCCAAACGAACAAAUAUAUUUAUUUAUUACUGUACUUAUAAAUAUUAUCUAUUGGCUAUUGUUUAGAAAAUUUCAGAUGUAACUUUAUCCGUCAAUAUACAAAAUCUAUUAGAAUAUACCGAUGUUACAGCACUGCCAAUUAUUGAUAUUUAGUAGUAACGUAAGUGACAAAUGUAGACUUAGUGGAAUAGAUAUAUACCUAGAUUGUUUGAAUAGUUAUUAUUUUUACCCGUAUUGCACUAAAAACAUAGUUUUAGUUCAAUUUGCGCAAGCCAUACGUUACUCGGAAACACAAAUGCGUAAAUAAAUAAAUUGUGUGCAUACAUCGCGGUGUUUUGAAACACAAUGAAAAGUCCGCCUUUCGGAAUGGUUGUUUCCGAAUCUCUUUUUGGCUGACGUUCAACACGACGGCCGGCGCGCCGCGACCGCGCCACCUAUAUAUUUCCGCUCCUCAAAAAGGAACGUUUCAACCGGACAUCACUUUGACUGCUAACAUAAAUAUUUAUUUACUUUAGCACAUAGACAUAGCUAAAAAGGUCAUUCCCCAAAUGAUCACUCCAGCGCUAUUGCCGCUCAAGUUAAACGGAACGAUUCUAUCAAGAUUCUAGUAUCAGAGACUUUAAAGUGCAUAUUCGGCCUUAGUCAAAGAUUUGACUGCAUAGAAUUAAAGUAAUGUGUUUUGUUACCUAACGUUGUACAUAUUGUUUCUUAAAUUUUAAAUACAUUAGGAAAUCGUUGACGUUCUAAAUUUUAUUGGUAUUUGAAGUAUUGUGAUCCCAGGCGGUGUGGAGGUCCGGCUUCUGUUGUGAGGGGCCGCCUGGCCGCGCCGCGGACGGCUCCGUACAUAGAUAGAUUAAUUAUUUAGAAUGUUAGUGAAAAUUUCAUAUAUAAGCUUCAUAAGUGGUCAGUUUUCUGUGAUCUUUAUGUUUGGUUGUAUUGAAAGUUUCACCGAA